AUGAGCGACGACAAGAAGCCCCUCCACCAUAAUCUUGCCGAUGCCUCGGGAGCUGAUGCUUCUAAGGAAGACCUGACGGCCACUGCUAUUCUUCGUAGAAAGAAGAAAGACAAUGCUUUGAUUGUCGAUGAUGCUACCAGUGAUGACAACUCUAUCAUUGCCCUUUCUCCUAACACUAUGGAGAAGCUUGAGCUUUUUAGAGGUGACGCUGUUAUUAUUAAGGGCAAGAAGCGAAAAGAUACAGUUCUCAUUGUUGUCUCUGAUGACGACCUUGAGGAUGGUGUCUGCAGAGUGAACAGAGUCGUUCGUAACAAUCUCCGCGUUCGUCUUGGUGAUGUUAUUACUGUUCAUCCAUGCCCUGAUAUCAAGUACCUCAAACGCAUCUCUAUUCUUCCUAUUGCUGAUACAAUUGAGGGUCUCACUGGUGACAUUUUUGAAGUCUUCCUUAAGCCUUACUUUGUUGAGGCCUAUCGACCUGUUAGAAAGGGCGACCUUUUUACUGUUCGCGGUGGUAUGCGACAAGUCGAGUUUAAGGUCGUUGAGACCGAUCCAGCCGAGUUUGGCAUUGUCUCCCAGGACACUGUCAUUCAUACUGAGGGUGACCCUAUCAACAGAGAAGACGAGGAAGGAAAUCUCAAUGAGGUUGGCUACGAUGACAUUGGCGGUGUCCGCAAGCAAAUGGCCCAAAUUCGCGAACUUGUCGAGCUUCCCCUGCGACAUCCCCAGCUUUUUAAGAGUAUUGGUAUCAAGCCCCCCCGUGGUAUUCUGAUGUACGGUCCUCCCGGUACUGGUAAGACCUUGAUGGCCCGUGCUGUUGCCAACGAGACUGGUGCUUUCUUCUUUUUGAUUAACGGUCCUGAAAUUAUGUCUAAGAUGGCUGGUGAGUCCGAGUCUAACCUUAGAAAGGCCUUUGAGGAGGCUGAAAAGAAUGCUCCUUCUAUCAUUUUUAUUGACGAAAUCGACUCAAUUGCUCCAAAAAGAGACAAGACCAAUGGUGAGGUUGAACGCCGUGUUGUUUCCCAGCUUCUUACUCUCAUGGACGGUAUGAAGGCCCGUUCUAACAUUGUUGUUAUUGCUGCUACCAACAGACCCAACUCUAUCGACCCUGCCCUUCGUCGUUUCGGCCGUUUUGAUCGUGAAGUUGACAUUGGUAUCCCUGAUCCCACUGGUCGCUUGGAGAUUCUUCGUAUCCAUACCAAGAAUAUGAAGCUUGCUGAUGAUGUUGACCUCGAGGCAAUUGCUUCUGAAACACACGGUUACGUUGGUUCCGAUCUCGCCUCUCUAUGCUCUGAGGCCGCUAUGCAGCAGAUUCGUGAAAAGAUGGACCUUAUUGACCUUGAAGAGGAAACUAUCGAUGCCGAAGUGCUUGACUCGCUCGGUGUUACCAUGGACAACUUCCGCUUUGCCCUUGGCAUUUCCAACCCCUCUGCUCUUCGUGAGACUGUUGUCCAGAGCGUUAAUGUCACUUGGGAUGACAUUGGUGGUCUUGAUAAAAUCAAGCAGGAGCUCAAGGAGACUGUCGAGUACCCUGUCCUCCAUCCUGAGAUGUACACCAAGUUUGGUCUUUCUCCCUCCAAGGGCGUUUUGUUCUAUGGUCCUCCUGGUACUGGUAAGACUUUGCUGGCCAAGGCUGUUGCCACAGAGGUUUCCGCCAACUUUAUCUCCGUUAAGGGCCCCGAGCUGCUUUCUAUGUGGUUUGGUGAGUCCGAGUCCAACAUUCGUGACAUUUUUGACAAGGCUCGUGCUGCUGCUCCUUGCGUUGUCUUUUUGGACGAGUUGGACUCUAUUGCCAAGGCUCGUGGUGGUUCUGUCGGUGAUGCCGGCGGUGCCACUGACCGUGUGGUAAACCAGCUUCUUACCGAGAUGGAUGGUAUGAAUGCCAAAAAGAAUGUUUUUGUCAUUGGUGCUACCAACAGACCUGAUCAAAUUGAUCCUGCUCUGUUACGUCCUGGCCGUCUUGAUCAGCUUAUUUACGUCCCUCUCCCCGACCAAGCUGGCCGUCUUUCUAUCCUCAAGGCCCAGCUCCGCAAGACUCCUCUCGAACCUGGCCUCAGUCUCGACGAGAUUGCCAAGAGCACAAACGGCUUCUCUGGUGCCGAUUUGUCGUACAUUGUUCAGCGUUCUGCCAAGUUUGCCAUUAAGGAAAGUAUUGAAGCCAGUAUCAAGGCCAAUGAAGAGGCCACCGCUGCUGGUGAAGAGGAUGUUGAGAUGGAGGAUCCCGUUCCAUACAUCACCCGUGAACACUUUGAAGAGGCUAUGAAGACUGCCGCCAGAUCGGUUAGUGAUUCUGAGCUUAGACGUUACGAGUCGUAUGCUGCCCAAAUCCAGGCUUCGCGCGGCACUCUUAACUUUAGAUUUUCUGGCAACUCAUCAUCGGCCUCGUCGACAGCACCCGCUGCCUCAAGUGAGCCUGCUCUUGGUGGCGAAGGUGAGGAUGAUGACCUUUACAAUUAA